GCCAUUUUAGCCUCCUCUCUCUUCUUACUCAUGAUGGGGAUAAUGACGGUACAGAAGAUGUCGCUGGUAACAUCGUUACGAAUGCUGCUACAUCCUGAUGUGACCAUAGAGCAAGGGUAUUCCAUCAUUGCAAUACUUCUGGUGGCACCCUAUUUGUUCUCACUGUUCCUAAUGGCAUGGAACAUUCCCAUUUUGAGAAAGCCCAAAGACUUCAGUAUGCCUUCAACGGUGAACAUUAUUACGGGUGUAUGUGCUGCAGUGGUGGAGGCCUUCUGUGUUGUUGUAUUUACAACACGUGUCAUGGCGGUACUGCCUGUGUUUGUUUCGCUGCCAGCAACUCAUGGAGUCUUGGCCGUCUCCGCAGCUACUGAAGCAGUUAGUCGCAGCUGUAAAUCUUCAGCAAAGCUCACGGUUAGCGAUCAAAGCAGCAACAGAACAAAGGCAAGUCACAAGUCCUUCCUCUGCGGCGGAGCUCGGAUCCUGGCAUCCAUUCUGUGCAUCUUGUCAUCACCGAUAGUGGCUUCCAUCUUGUACUUUCUUAACCAAGCUGACCUGGUAACCUCAUUGACAUUGACCUUAGUCCCGUCUGUACUUGCUGCACAUUUUUUCGCUGGUCUCUUCAAUUGUGCGUUUUCAUAUGUUUCAUUCGCUCUAUGUCAGCCUUUAUUUGGAGUGGUCAUCCCCUCUUUAUUGUCCAUGAUGACAAGUAUAGUUUUGUGUGUCAUUUUAGGACCGUCCAUGUACGGCAUUGAAGAAACGACUUACUUUGGACCAUUCUCCAUUUUUGUGGCGUGUUCCUUCGUCUUUGCAUGGGCUUGGGCUUGGCCAUAUAUUCUUAAUGCUACCUCCAUGGCCCAGAAACCUAAGUUUUUAUUAAUGCCUCAUAAAAUUUUAUUUCGUGGCUAUGGAUGGAAUCCAAUUUUUUAUGAUCAGAAAAUGUUUCUAAGACUUGACACGAAACAACUGCAUCGCGUGUCGUCAUAUGAAAGAAAGGUCAAGAACAGGAUAUACGUCUGCACAACCAUGUACAGGGAGGCAGAUUACGAAAUGGAACGGCUGCUGAUGAGUUUGAUCCAAGUAUGUUCGGAUCCCGCUCUUGAAGGCAUUCACUUAGAAAGCAACGUCUUUAUGGACAACGGCUGCAAGGGCGAAACUUUGAAUGAAUUUGCCCUACAGUUUGUUGCUGUGCUGGUCAGUAAGGCCAAUGUCAUGCUGGACAAAGCCAGAUGCUGGUUAACGCCUUAUGGUAUGCAGAUCUUCUGCAAGCUUCCCUGUGGUCUGCCUCUCUUCGUGCAUUUCAAAGACCCACAAAAAGUGAAAGCCAAGAAACGAUGGAGCCAGUCUAUGUACAUCAAUUAUGUAAUGCGGUUCCGGAAAGUUCUGUGGCAAAACGACUGCGAUAAUACUUCAUCAUUAGAGACAGACAUAUGUAAGAUUAUACCUACUUUAUCUACAAUCGUCCAAGGAACCGAAGAAAAUCAGAUGACCUUCGUUGGAAAUAAUGAGCAGUUUAUGCUGAGGCGAAUCAGCAACAUAGGAUAUCCCACUCUGGUGGAUUUCAGGGUGGGUCCAGAAAGCGAUCAAGGGGGCACUUCAGUUGAAGAUUCAAGCCCACCAAACAGCGACUCUGGGUCACAGGGUUUUGCAUCCAGCUCCAGCAAAGAAAGUUCUGAUCUGGAGUCGCUUCCAGAAGACACAACUCGAGAACUUCCACCGAACUCAUACAUGAACAUCGGAUUUAAGUCUGACGAGUAUGUUUGUCGGACAGAGUCCUCGGCAAAAGACAAUGGUGCUGGCCGAUGUUACAUUUACAGACUGAAUAUGGUUGCACUGGAUAAUGCAUCUUUCAUCACAGAUAAAAGCAACGCCAGCGAUUCGAUGGACUCCUAUAACGACCUGGCUUUUGAUGACGCGGCUUUGGUGGACGAUGACCACACGUUUAUCUUGGCUACUGACGCGGAUAUGGACUUUAAAGGGAAGGCAGUCCGGGAGCUGUUGGACCUGUGUAAUGGUGACAAAAUGAUUGGAGCGGCCUGCGGUCGAACUCACCCUGUGGGUAAAAAAUGCAGUUCUAUCGUGUGGCACCAAGUAUUUGAGUAUGCUAAAGGUAAGCUUCUAUGGGUGUUUUGCGUUCGGAAAACUAAACUUCUCGAGCUAAUACAAAAAUAUUUCUGGAUGAUCAAGAAUGCCCAGAAUGUGAUCGGUUCCGUGAGCUGCUGUCCUGGAUGCUUCAGUCUGUAUCGGGCCAGUGCAAUCAGGGACGUGAUGAACAAGUACUCCAGCCCAACAAAGACUCCAUUCACCGUUUAUGUCAAGGAUACAGGGGAAGAUCGGUGGAUGGCAACUCUGAUGAUGAUCAAUGGAUGGCGCAUGCGAUACUCCCCGUUUGCAGACAACAGCACAUACUGUCCAGAUUCGUUUGAGGAGUAUUACAAGCAGCGGCGACGUUGGAUACUUUCUGACAUGGCAAAUGCCAUCUUGGUGGUGCAGAACCUGUUUCGGCUGGUGCGAAAUAACGACUGCUUCAGUUUUGUGUACAUUGUUUAUCUGGUAAACAUGUUUCUGAACAACGUCAUUACUCCUGGCACGGCAAUCGUCAUGAUUACAGCUGAAAUCAACGCCGGUCACUUCCACUUCCAACAACAUUACGUUAUCAUGCUGCUGACGCUGAGUCUCGUGUACGCUGCCUUGAUGCACCCUAGAGAGAGCUAUCAGAUCAUCUACGGAUUUGCUUACCUCUUCAUCUUCCCGGCGAUGCAUGUGCUUCUGCCCAUCUAUAGCAUUGCCAACAUUGUCGAUCAGAGCUGGGGGACCCGAGAUUCGACGAAUGCGAAACUUCCCAAGAUUUCCUGCAUACCAGCGUUUAGAAAGAUGAGGAAAAGUUUGAGGAAAUCAAAACCGAGAAAUGAUGAAAAAGAUUCAUCUGCUAAUCCAACUGGCGAUGCAAAAUGCGAACUUCAAGACAUCAUCUCUUCCCUAUUGGUGGAUAUGUCUAAGGGAGAUCUCCAGGCUAGAGAAGAACACAAGUUUUGGGAGUCUUUGACCUCUACACGUCUGGGAACAGAAGUCAACAAAGGAUUGGGAAAGGCAGAAUUGGCUGAAGGACUCCGAGUUUUGCGCAAUCGUCUAUUUGCAGGAUUUCUAAUCCUGAACGCUCUGUGGUUGGGGUUCUUGUCUUACUUCUAUCUGGGCUUGGACACACCUUUGUCUAGGCUGAAUAUUUAUGGUAUGAUAAGUGGAGCCCUUUACGGUUUCACCCUCAUUAUUCAAAUUGUAGGACUCACCGUCAGCAGAGUGGACCAAGUUUUGACACGGUUAGCAAAAUAUGUGUACAAAGACGAUGUUCCUUUGUGGGUGCAUGAAAAAGAUGCCUCAAGCUGA